UACUAUUACGUGCUUGGUAUAUCGCCGAGCGCAACUCAAGCUGAGAUCAAAGCUUCUUAUUAUCGCCUUUGCAAGAAAUAUCACCCUGACGUAAUCGGUAGUAGCCUGGUAGAUCAUAAUAAAUUUACUGAAAUUACUGAGGCGUAUUCAGUUUUAGCUUCUGUCGAAUUGCGUCGAAAGUAUGACAGA